UCGCCGGUCACGUGACGUCUGGGGGUGCGGGGAGGGGGCACUGGGCGCCAUUGCGCCUUCCGCGCACAAUGGCUUCCCCCGAAUAUAGUGGGCUGCGGCCUGGCCGCGGGGAAGCGGCGAAGGCGUAGACGAGGCCCAGACGCCGUCCGCAGCUGCCGGCACCGGGUGGCAGCUCGUUGCUAGGCAGCCGCGCGGGGCCAGCGGGGAGGGGCGGGGCCCGCGGGGGCGCAGGCAUGGACCAGUACUGCAUCCUGGGCCGCAUCGGGGAGGGCGCGCACGGCAUCGUCUUCAAGGCCAAGCACGUGGAGACUGGAGAGAUCGUGGCGCUCAAGAAGGUGGCUCUGCGGCGCCUGGAGGAUGGCAUCCCCAACCAGGCCCUGCGGGAGAUCAAGGCCCUGCAGGAGAUCGAGGACAAUCAGCACGUGGUGCAGCUGAAGGCCGUGUUCCCGCACGGCGCAGGCUUUGUGCUGGCCUUCGAGUUCAUGCUGUCAGAUCUGGCUGAGGUGGUGCGCCACGCCCAGAGGCCACUGGCCCAGGCACAGGUCAAGAGCUACCUGCAGAUGCUGCUCAGGGGUGUCGCGUUCUGCCAUGCCAACAACAUCGUGCAUCGGGACCUGAAACCGGCCAACCUGCUCAUCAGUGCCUCAGGCCAGCUCAAGAUAGCGGACUUUGGCCUGGCCCGGGUGUUUUCCCCAGAUGGCAGCCGCCUCUACACACACCAGGUGGCCACCAGGUGGUACCGAGCCCCUGAGCUCCUGUACGGCGCCCGCCAGUAUGACCAGGGCGUUGACCUGUGGGCUGUGGGCUGCAUCCUGGGGGAAUUGCUGAACGGAUCCCCUCUCUUUCCUGGGGAGAACGAUAUCGAACAGCUUUGCUGUGUGCUUCGAAUCUUGGGCACCCCCAGCCCUCAAGUCUGGCCGGAGAUCACAGAGCUGCCCGACUACAACAAGAUCUCCUUCAAGGAGCAGGCGCCCGUGCCCCUGGAGGAGGUGCUGCCCGACGCGUCUCCUCAAGCCUUGGACCUGCUGGGGCAGUUCCUCCUCUACCCUCCGCGCCAGCGCAUCUCAGCCUCCCAGGUCUGGAAUGAAGUUUCAAGGACCAAGGAACUGUGGAGGCAGCUGUGUCUGAGACGCUGGUCAUCAUGUAAAAGCUCCCAGAUGACCUUGGGCACACAAACAUGGAAACAGUACUAUCUCUGCCGAUCCGAGCUGGAGUUCCGAAUGGAAUCUGGGAGGCCAGAGAAGGAUUUCAUCUGCAAAGCCAUUGCUGGGCACGAAGGUGGCAUAGACGAGCUGGCCUACAUCUCAACCAACGAGUGCCGGUUUGACGGGCAGGAGAAGUCGGUGGUGUGUACCGUGUCCUCGGACAGCACUGUGCGUGCCUGGGAUGUGCAGGAGGGCACAGAGAUCUGGUCGAGCCCCCAGCAGCCUGCUGCUGUGGUGAAUUUGGUGACCUACCCCCGUCUGCAGCUGGUCGUCACCGCAGACAAGCAGGGCCUGAUCAAGGUGUGGAAAGCGCAGAAUGGGAGGGAGCGGGCCUCCUUCUCCCUGCCUACCUUCUCAUCUGCGUUGCAGGCCUGUGACCAUCCGGAGGGCCCCUUCCUGCUGGUGGCCUCUGCUGAGGGCGUCCUGUAUGUGCUGACCGUGCCCCAGCUGCAGCUGCUCUCCAGGACCAGGGUGUUUCCGAGCAGCCCCACCGGUCUCCUCUGCUCUCCUGACUGCCAGUGGGUGUUUGCUUCGACCCAGAACUCAGACCUGGGCCCAAAGGUGUACUAUACUCGCUCCCUGCUGUGUCUGCUGGAAGAUGACCCUCCCGUCUCCACCACUCUGCCCAUCUGGCUGACUUCCAGAGCCUGCUGGGCCCCGGACGAGACAGCCAGGCUGAUGGUGAUGCACAGAAACAGUAACAGCACAGAGCUGGCCAUCACCACCUAUGAGCUGGGGGCCAGGCAGCCCCAGGAAGGAGUGGAUGUUGUGGUGCAGCAGAUUGCAAGUUUCCUCCUGCCAGACACCAUGACGCCUCCUCACCUCAUGAAGGGCCAUGGCUCCCAGGUGAUCCUGCUGGUGUCGGGGUCGGAGCUGGUGCUCUUCACAAUCCAGGGCCUGCAGCUGGCAGCCUUCCAGGACCACCAGAAGCCCAUCACAUCCCUGUGGGUGGACCAGAGCCGAGUCCUCACAGCUUCCUUCGACCUCUCCCUGCGAGUCUAUGUGUGGAAUAAGGAAAAUAAGAUUCCCGUCCUCAAGAGCUGCUAUCACCUGCUCGGGGGCUCCCAUAGAUGGGCCAGUGGAUUCACCCACGUGGAAAGCGACUCUAUGAGUAUUGUAGGUGUGGAAGCCAGAAGCAUCGGGACUAGUAUUCUGAGGUCAUAUUGCUUCAACAUGCAGCAUGGCUCAGAUGAUUGUGUCAGUUGAAAAUAAUCUCACUUUGGUGAAAAGCUUGUCUACAUACAAACUAAAUGAUUAUUUUACCAACAUUGGAAAAGGAAUGAGCAAUUCUCAAAUGCCUCUUAUGGACCAGGCACUGUGCUAUGUGACUUUUUUUUUUUUUUUUAAUCCUCACAACAAGCCAAUGAAGGACAUAGGAUGUCUCUAUUUUUCAGACAAGGAGCAUGGCCAGUAACAGAGUCACUCAUUGUUGGCCUGUUGUCUGGCUGUCAUGCCCCCUGCCCAAGCUUAUUCAGAUAGUAAGUGGGAGAGAGGAGGGGAUGCAAGAAGGCCCAUGUUCAAGGUGCUGGUUUGUAUCCUGAUUGUUUUUGUCAUUCAGAUACGUAAUGAAGGAACGAAAUGUCUUUUUUCCCUAUUCUGUUACAUGCUGUAGACACAUUAAUAAAUAGUUGUGUGGCACCACACUGCCGAACUGUAGGGAUACCAUUUUGUAUUCUGUGCAAGUGGCAUCCCUGGAGUUGGUCCCCAGGGAAGCCCUGGCUCCUUGGGUCGCACAUCAUUAGAGUUCUCAACUGCAAGCAACAGGAUAGAAGGCUAGCUAACACCAAGAAAGGAAUUUACUGGAAGGAAAUAGAUCAGUGCACUAGGUCAGCGGGAAGGCUGGAGAAACAGACGUGGAACCACAGGAGACCGGGCAGCAGGCAGCAACCAGAGCCUGUUCCAGCAAGGUCUUGCCUGCUGUCGUUUCCCACACGCUCCUACCGCUGCCAUUGCGCACAUGGUGCUGACGCUGUCUGAGAACUUCCCGGCUGCUCCGACGCUCGGAACACCAGGAUGUGUGUGUGAUUUUCCGGCUUCACGACAUGCCCGCAGCCCCCGGGCCAGGAUGGGAGAGAGCGACCCCUUCAGCUUCAGGUGAGCAGAUCCCAGUUGACUCGCACUGUGAAAAAAUUCUUCAAAAAUAGGAAAAAUUCUUGAGAAACAGGAUGAAAAGCCCUCUGCUACAACCUGCUGCUUCAGGGGUCCAGUACCACAGCCCUUCUUCCUGAUCCUUGUACUUUAUACCCAGCAUAGCACCUGUGCCCCGGACAAGCCCAGUACAGUCAUUUCCUCAAAAGGAAAAAAUCUAUAGCCCCCCCCUCCCACCCCCCUGCUUUGAAAUCUAUGAUAAGGUUUAUUUUGGGAUAAUUUUAGGUUUACAGAAAAGUUGCAAAGACAGUGCUGUGGAUUCCAUAUACCUUUUGCCCAGCCUCCCCUGGUGUAUCUCCCAAGGUCUCUGUCGUCUUGAAGUCAGAAAUCUCUGUUAAUCCUGUUACAGUACUGGCUGGUACUCGGCGGUCCUAGUGCAUCCUGCAUACGGCCAUAGGGGAAAGGGAGAGCAGACAAGAAAUUAGCUAAAAUAAGCACACACGUGACACAGCAAGAAAGGAGAUAGCUCUUUCCUUCAGAAGAUGAAGGGAAAGUUCAGGUAAGUUGCAAUACAGUUUCUGGUGAAGACACAUGAAAAGAGGUUGGAGUGUUCGCAGAAGAGGGGAGGUCAGAUAAGGGAAUGGUGAGUGUAUGGGCCACCUAAGAGGUGUGGACAUGGGGCAACUGGGAAAGCAGUGCAGUCAGUUCUUAGGGGAGCCAGCCAGAGCCUGGUGUGUGCUGGCUGCAGCAGCAGAGUGGUGUCAUGUCUGGCUAUGGUGGCCCUGCCCAAGGACAGCUUUGUGGACCCCUGCUUCGGGUGUGAUGUGGGAAGCUUGGGGAGGGAGUCAUAAUGGGAGCACUGGAAGCUCUGAGGGAAGGUGUGUGUGGAGUCUGGCAGACAGGCUCCUCACAGGAAAGCAAGGUCUCUGAGGUGUGAUACCACAGCCUGGGGGAACACAAAAGUGUGUCAUGCUCUCACGUCCUCUAAAUCCAGGUUCUGAGGCUUUUUCCCCCUCCUGUGGCAAGGACUGCUGCUGCUGGGGGAGCACGAGGGCCUCCGCAGCACCUCUUGAUUCCUGCCAGCAGGCAGAUCUCAGCCUCCUCUGAGCCUGUUAGUCCAGGUGCAGCCCACGGUAGUCUAACAGUAGA